CGAAAAGGUGGGGGGUUGCAAAGCUCUGGAGAAAGAUGUGGUGAGGGGAAGAGGGGGAUCGUUUUGAGUAAACUAGAUGACAAAAAUACACAUAUCGGUGAAGGGCAAAAAAAAAAACGUUCUCUUUGACACAAUCGGGUCCAGUGAGGAAACGAGGAGGGCGCACGCGCUGGGUAACUCCGAACUCCGAGGACGCCCGGGAGAGCAGCCAUGGCUAAAGGGGGGUGUUCAAAAGCAGAAGAAGAGGAAUCGACGAGCGCCGAGGAGGAGUCGGGCCCGUUCCACGGCAGCGGCGUGUGCAAAUGGUUCAACGUGCGCAUGGGGUUCGGGUUUCUGUCCAUGACGAACAGAGAGGGGAUCCCCCUCGAGACGCCAGUAGACGUGUUCGUUCAUCAGAGCAAGCUGCACAUGGAGGGCUUCCGCAGCCUGAAGGAGGGCGAGGCUGUGGACUUCACCUUCAAGAAGUCGGCCAAGGGCCUGGAGUCCGUGAGAGUGACAGGGCCAGGGGGCGGGCCCUGUGCUGGGAGUGACAGGAGACCCAAGAGCGCCCAGAAACGCCGCUCUAAAGGAGACCGGUGUUACAACUGUGGAGGGCCAGACCACCACGCCAAGGAGUGCAAGCUGCCCCCUCAACCAAAGAAGUGCCACUUUUGCCAGAGCGUCUCUCACAUGGUCGCCAACUGUCCAAUCAGGGCGCAGCAAUCAUCCCCCACCACUCAGGGAAAGCCCUCGUCCUCUGGGGGCGAGGAGGAGGGGGAGCAGAGCCACGCCCCCUUGCCCUAAGAGCGCUCUGACUGGAGUGGGUCGCACCCAGGAGGCGGAGUCAGGGUUAAACAAGUGCCAAUCAAUCCUCCUCGUCGGAUCUGGGAGUUAGAGUUCGUCACAAUCCGGCUCAGCUGCUUUCUGGAGCUGCCCUAAGUUCAAUGUUCAACCCGAAGAAUGGAAGUUUCUUUCAUCUUUCGGAGGUGGAAUGGUCUGUAUUCUUUCUGUAUUGCAAUCAGAACCUUUAAAGACAGAACCUUCUUAAAAAAAUUUUUUUACCAUUUAACAUUCAAGAUGAUAUUAUGCUCCUAAUCAUAGCGACCCGCAUCCAUUUGAAUCAGUCUAAGCCACAUUCAGUAGAUAACAUUCCGCAUUCAGCUGUGCUGAAGCAGUUGAUAUGCAAUGCAUCUACAAUACAGCAAAGUACAAUGCUGUUACACCUGGGUUUAUUACCAUCGUCCUACUCCUUUAUAUCCUUCCUCCUUUCCUGAGAGCAAGUUGUGUUUUCUUCUAGCACAGUGACAUAAGUUGUAAAAAGGAAUCAGAUCGUUUUCACACCUCUCAGAUUGUUCAGAAUUCCCACGUUCAGCGGUGUUUGCUGGCACUUUGCGAUACAUAUUUUUCCUCACGAUUUCCUCAUCGGCAGUAUUUAUGAAAAGGGACACAGGUCCCUGUCUGUUAUCUGGUCACAGAUAACAGAGAGCUCUCAGGGUCCGUGUCUCUGAAACAGCGAGCUGUGUGUGUGUGUGUGUGCGUGUGUGUGUGUGUGUGUGUGCGCGCGAAAGGUGGAGGGAUAUUUGGCCGUCUGUGUGGGUGUUGUGAGACUCUACCCCCCUAGGUUUGUCUGCUUGUAUUGCAAUUGAUAGUCUGGCUUGUCUUCUUGGGGCCAAAUGAAUGUUUUACCUGCUGUGUCUUUUCCAACUCCUGAUUAUUGAUUGUAGGCGCGUCAGGUUUUUCAAGAGCGCCGUGCGGAAUAGCGUGCAUGCUUUAGCUUCUCUCUUUUACCAUAAAAAAAAUCAGAAGCUUGAAACCAACCUCGAAAAGUCCAAAGGUUCUGCUGUGACCUGUGUGUGUCUGAAAACUCUAGGUGGGUGUCCCCCAAACUACGUCCUGUGUGUCUAAAUCCGGGCUUCGGUGAUAUCUCAGGGAUGAUGCCCUGAGCAAUCACAGAGAUUUUUUGCAAAUGUCUCGUUUUAUACUUGAAAAGAGCUGGGAUUCUGGUCACAGCUGAAGCAGCUGAAUUUCAGAAGGGCUGAAGGAGGUGCUUUGUGGUGGGUUAGGCAGGUGGACGUGCCCAGCGUUUCAGUAGCCAGAGCCAAAGAACAGUCCAAAAAGAGGUGUGUGUAAAUAAGCAAGUCAAUCAGACUUUGUGCCAAUUCUGCCAGUUACGCCAGUUAAAACAUGACAUUUUUUAGCUUGCCAACUGUAUCAUUGUAUAUAAUUUUUUUUUUAAUAAGAUAAGCCUUUAAAAUAAUUAUUUAUUUAUGCCACACCUCUGCAACUUCCGCCCAAUGAAAUUCACUCUGUACCUGAGUGGACUAUUGUCUGGCCUUUGAUAUCAAAUACCUCUUUCAGAGCUGCCUUGAUUUUAUUCUUUUUGAGUUUGUGAUUUUUUUAUCAGUGAAUUUGAUUGUUGUUUCCUCGUUGAGUUCCCAGGAUUUGGGAAUGUUGUGAAUCCUCUCUUGGUGUCUACGCUAAAAAUCAAUGCAAUGUCAAUCUGCACUAAUCGUGUGUAAAGACGCAUUUUUGUUCAGUUAUUAUUUUUUUUCUAAUUCAUAUUUGUUCUGUAUUUUUUUUUUGUUUAGAUCAGCUUGUGACUCCAGCCAGAAUUUUUAGUUUCUCAGGAAUCAUGACCUUUGAACUCAGGGAAUUGCUUUUAUAGAAAAUGGGUGUGGGGUACAGGUUCGAGGAGCGGGUGGGGUCACAGCAUUAACAUGCAUACAGUUGUAAGGGGGAGCAGUGAUAACACCUAUGUGAAACCCGGGUAUUUCUCUUCAUCAGGGACAAUACCUUCAGACAGUAGAGCCAGUGGAGUCCUCUCUUUUUUGUGGUUUGUUUACUUCAUUUUUACUUUUGACAAUUUCAAGCACAUUCCAUUUUUAUUUGAUAUUUACUAAUUUUGUAUACGUGUCUACGAUCACCCAACUCAGUGCUGUAUAAGGAAGUAAGAACACACCUGCUUUAAUUAAACUCAUUAGCUAGUAAAUUAAUGACAAUCUGAGAAGCAGGAGUGUUGAAUAAUCCUGUAAAUUAUUAGAUUGUGAUCGGGAAUUUAAUUUUAUCGGCAUUAUUAUAAUUAUUUUUUUUGUCAUUUUAUAAUCAUUGUAUCCAUAAAAGCUUUACAAGGUCCAUUCAAAAUAGAUUAUUUAAUCCUUUUCGAAAUGUUGAGUAAUUUUUUGUUCAUUUAUGAAACAUCAAUCUGUAUAGAUCAUGUCUGUAAUUUGAAUCAGGCGAUGAGUGGCCACCUGGGGUCUUUAUUGCACACAAAUUCAGGAAGAGGGUCCUGUUAUCAUCCUGGGAUGCAGGAAUCACGAGCAGAAGCGUUUCAGUCAGACCUAUCUUUCCUCGCAUACAUUCAGUUCAGUCGAAUAAAUGUUUAUUAUUUCUGUUGUCAUGUCAUAUAAAGUUACCAUGGUAACCAAGUAAUUUUUCCGCAUAACUUGGUGAACUCUGUUCCUUAAGGGAUGUGAAAAAAAUGUUAGUGAAAAAAAAAUGUUUUUGCAUUUUUUUCCCCAGAAUCAUGUCUUUCUUGUUUUCUUUUGUGUGCAAGUUCUAAGAGAAAGUACAACAGUCAGCAGAUUCAAAAUCAGGGGACUCAGUGGGCUGUUAAACCCCAGGCCAUACUCCCGGUGUCGGUGGGAGUGGCUAAGCCUCGUCACCUUGGCGACAGUUGUUCACUGAAAUGAGUCUGUGUGUGUGUGACACGAGUAACCUGACUACCGAGAAAAGGAUUAUAGGGUGUAGCAGGGUUAUAGACAAAACUUUAUUGGGGCUUAACUCCCCUGUUGUUCAUCAUUCCAAAUAACAAUUGUUUGGCUCUUGUUAGACAUUGGGACAGUUUUGGCACAAGUACUCCAGCUUCUUUGUUGAGGAGUCUUUGUUUUGUGUUGGGACUCGUGGGUUGUAUUAUUUUUAUGAUGAAAAACAAGGGCAAAAAUCAUAUUUACAAUGUAUGCACAUCUACCUCAGGAUGUUUUCAUUCAUGAACGAUUAAAUGACAGCAAGUGUCCUCCUAUAAUACCUGACUGAUUUUACAUAUGCAGAGCUUUGUAUCGUUUUUAGAUACAGUUUCAUUUUGCUUGUUUUAGAUAAGAAUUAUUUUCUGUAUCUCCAGGGAAGCCCCAUAUGAAUUAGGUUUUGUUUUAGAAUAUAAUGUUUUCCAACCACUUAAGUUUAUUUUGGUGAAUGGGGCCAAACAAAAAAGGAAGUUCAUAGCUCCCUCAUGUUGCCACUUUGGUUGUCUGGAUGUCGACUUUUGACAUAUUUUACAUAUGAUCACCAAACUGAAAAAUGCUUGGGGCAACACUUAAUAUAUUCAUAAAGUCAUUACUUAAAUCAAAAUGCUAAAAAUGCUUGUCACAUUCAGUUUAGGCAUCGAUUUUACUAUUUGUUGUUAUCCAAACCAGGAACAUUACUGAAGGCAUUAUGGGGCACCCAGACACCAAACUGCCAAACCGACAUUAUUGUAUACUGAGAUGAAGUUUCAUGUCUGUUUACAGAGCUAAAAUUUGAACUGUUUUCCUUUGAGACGUGAAAAAAGUAAUAUAUGUUCAGAUAAGAUAAAAAAUGUUUAAUAAUAUGUUUAGUUACUUGAAAAAUCAUAAUAAACAUAAGAAGCAUAUUAGAGAACCAUAAAAGUAUAUUGUGCAUCAGGUAAUGUAUGUUGCAAACUGAUAUCACAUUUUGGAACUCCACACAGUAAAUGUCUAGUGUUAAUUCAACUCUAAAAGUGUUAAUUCAACUCUUAACAGAAAACAUUUGUUGAGUAUUAUCUGUUGAAUAGUGUCCGUUAAGGGUUGAAUUAACACUGGGCAUUUUACUGUGCAGUACUUUUUCAUGAGUGAAUAUUUUAGAUGGGGUAAUGCGGUUGGUCAGUUUGAAUAAAAAAAGGGAUGGGGUGUGUAUUGAAUUGCCAGAUAUGGAGUUUCUGUUAUGUAGUGAAUGUGCAUCAUCUUGCAAUAGUAUUUAUUGCCACAACAUUAUUUUGGUCACUCAAUCAAGGUAACACACCCUUAGCUAUUCUUUCAGCACCAAAAUCCAACAAUGUGCAUUGUGUUGGAGUGAAAAUGGCUAAUCUAAAUCAAAUAUUGAGUAUAUAAACGACUGAAGAAUGUAGCUAUAUUGACUGCUGUAAACCAAAGUGUAAUUUGUGAAAUGCCCAUUUUAGGGUGUUGCCCCAGUAAUUGGCCACGUGAUAAUCUGAAUGGGAUAGAUUUCGCGUGAGUUGUUGUAUUUCUUUCGAAUUGCUUUUUUUCAGUCUGUGAAGCAUGCUAAAACAAUGACAAAUAGUUUAUUGUAUUAAAACAUUCAUUGACUUUCUAGUUAAUAAACAACCGUCAAUAGUGAA